UGGUAGAUUUAUUUGCGCUUUGGGUCACUCUGGGCUCCCGCUUCCAGCUAGGCCCAUGAGCUGCGCUCUUUACCAAGCCUGGCCGACUUGGAGGUGCGACAGCGUCGCUCAAUGUUGAUGGUAUCAUCUGCCGUAGUCUGGCUCGGCCUUGCUUGUUGUGGUGCGGCUCAGUCGAGGCUCGUUAGGGUCUGGCUGGGGAGGGUGAUGCCAGGGGAGCUUCUGUCUCGUUUCCGUGCUCUCCAGAGCACGACCCGGGAGCCUUCUCCUAGGUUCGCUUUUCGGUCAGUAGAGGAGGUGCCAAGAAAAGCAUAAGCCCCUCAGUUUGACUUUCCCGUAGCUGGUUGUGGGGUACCGAUUUGCUUACUCAUCGGGUUAGUCGUGAUAUGAGAACCAAUGGAAAACGCUGGAACCAGAGAAAUGGCUACUACGCAAUCUGUCUUCACAUUUGCUCUCUGCAUUUUAAUGAUAACUGAAUUAAUACUGGCUACAGAGAACUAUUAUGAUAUCUUAGGAGUUCCAAAAAAUGCAUCUGACCGCCAGAUCAAGAAGGCAUUUCACAAGCUGGCUAUGAAAUACCACCCAGACAAAAACAAGAGUCCUGGUGCAGAAGCAAAAUUUAGAGAAAUUGCUGAAGCAUAUGAAACACUAUCAGAUGAGAAUAAACGAAGAGAAUAUGAUCAGUUUGGCCGUCAUGGAGGACAAGGAAAUAAUGGAAGCCCAUUCCAUCAAUCAUUUAAUUUCAACUUUGACGAUCUGUUCAAAGACUUUGACCUCUUUAGCCAAAACUCACGGUCAAAAAAGCACUUUGAAAAUCACUUCCGAAGUCAUCGGGAAGCUCACAAUCGGCAAAGACGUUCUUUCCAAGAGUUCUCCUUUGGAGGUGGACUGUUUGAUGAUGUGUUUGAAAAUAUGGAAAAAAUGUUUUCAUUUAGUGACUUUGAAAAUGCCCACCGACAUGCAGUGCGAACGGACACCAGGUUUCAUGGAUCCAGCAAGCACUGUAGGACUGUCACUCAGAGGCGAGGAAACAUGGUUACCACAUAUACAGACUGCUCUGGACAAUAGUGUUUCCUUUCCUUUUCAUCUCUUCUUUCUACAUCUUUAUAAUCCUUCUUUGUUUUAUGCUAACAUGGAAAAAGUUUUUUGAACUCUUUAGUUCUAAAAAACACUUAACUGCUAUAAAGAAAUUGUAGAUGAAUCUAAUAAUCGGAAUAGAAACAACAUGCAUUUGAGAAGUAAAUGUCUCAGUAACUACUUACAAUGAGAGAGAAAUAAUCUCAUGACAGAAAAAAAUUUAUGUAUUUCAGUUUAGUAAACAAUUUCCCUAAAUUUGAACUUCAACACAAGAUAAUUUUUUUUAAAUUUCAGAAAUGUAAUAUAAUUUUCUCAUAAAUGCCAGUUCAGAGCUGUUUGAGUUACUGGAGCAUGGUUUGCAGCGGAAGAGAUACUUUAAUUUUGAAGUGCUGCUUUUUUGAUCACAUCUUUCCAAGUUUUCACUUGCAUAUUGUGUUUUAUAUGGACUUAGUGUGCAAAUUAGGUAAUUUACACAAAAUAGUGGCAGAAAUAUGACUUACCUGUGUCUUUGUUACUUUGUCCAGCAUGGCAAAUGUGUUACUGAAAAUUCACUUUUUGAAGUUGGAAAAUAACAGGAAGGAAUAGGUUAAGAUUGUGCUUCACCUAGGAGAGUGAUGUAGGAAUUACUUUUAUUUCCAAAUAGCCUCUCAUUAAUCUGAAAAAUUUGUGGGAUUUGAAUAACCCUUGACUUAAUUAAGGGCUAUUCAUGUAUGUAAGUUUGUGUGCACACAAGGUCUUUUUUUUUUUUUUCUUCCAAAAUGCAAAUAUCUCUAACAAUGUUUGGAAGACCAUACUGAAAACACGCUUGUUUUAUGGUUAUUAUAUUACCAUGUGUGCAAUGUAGCUUCCGUAGCUCAGUUUAUUGAACUUAAAUACUCCUCUCUGAGCUUCUGAACUUAAGCAAGAUAAGCUUGCCUACGGAUUCCUAGUUUCUGGAAGGGUCUAAAUAAAAAAUAUUUUUGUGCUUAGAUUGACAGAUUUAUUGCCAGUCAGCAGGGAUUUUUCAGCAUUGUGAUUUGAAAGGUAAAUUCUUAACAAACACAGAGUAAAACUGAAAAUUACAAUGUUGUAUUCAUCUAAUGCUUUGUGGUGCUGGAAUUUGCUAAUAAGAACAGUACUAAUGGGUAUUAGUUUCAGCACCAUGGGAAUCUGUAACCAGUCUAUUUAAAAUUGAAAAAAAACCCAACAAAAAAACCCUCCACAACAAAACUUCUAAAUAUUUUAACUGAUGUCAGUUCAAAAGUCCUGUUUUAUUUCUUCACUAGUAAUACAGGUUUAGUAUAUUAAAUUGCUUCCUCUUUGCUGUCCCUUUAGAACUGUGAGAUAAGAAUUUACCUUUCACAUUGACUGCAUGAGCAAAAAAAAGCAUUUUAAACAGCAGUGUUCUAAAUAGACUUUGAGUGCUUAAAAAUCUUCCUCUAAAGAGAUUGAACUCUUUGCUUGGAUACAUAUUAAAAGCUGCCUAUUUGCUAAAUAACUUUAACCUUCCCCUUGAGGGUAUGCAUUAUUGCUUGUUCAGUUUUCAUCACUAAAUACUUGGAAUAGGUUGUUGCAUUACAGUAAGUGCUUUUUCUUUUCCAGGUUCUUCUUUAUUUAUUAAUAGACUAAUACCUCAUAUAUGGUCUUUAUAAAAAGCCAGUAAUUUGUGCAACAUUAUCGGAAUGUGCAAUAUUCUUGUAGUAGGAAAAGUGCUGGAGUGAGUGUUUGUGUUAUUUCCACCUUUUUCCUCUGUAAGUAGAGAUUUUAUUUUCUUCUGUAUAAUUAAUAUAUGAUUCAACCAAAAGUUGUAAUUCAUGUAGUUUUCUGCAAUUUUUUCUUUAAUAUGCUCCAUCAAUGCUGUCCAUGAAUCAAAUGAUACGCCUGAUUCCUAUCAUAUGGGCAUCCAAGUGAACAAAUUAUUAAAGUUUUGGAUUACUUCCUCACAAAUGUCAAGUAUUUUAGAGGGCAUUUCUGUAUGCACUUGAGUAGAAUUGUUCACACUGGAAAGAUUUUGAAGAUGAGGCCUUUAGUAUUAAACAUAAGAGAAUGUUAGUGAGUGUCCUUUUGGCAUGGUGCUGGAGCUUGGAGAUGGGAGGCAACUCUAGAAGCAGGAUGCAAAGGUAAAAAUUAUUAAUGCCUUUCUUAGUCUAGUGAAUUUUAAUUUUUUUUAAAAAAUUGAAAACAGAAAAAUGAGCAGUUCCUAAGCAUGAUAUAAGGCUUACCUGCUAGAAUCAGGUGAUUGACUUCUCCAAAGUUAGUGUUCUCUAGUUAUGAACAUGUGUCCUAAUCCUGAAUUAGAGGAAUGAAAGCCAAAAUGAGCAUUGUAAAUUGCAGGAAGCACAGCCACCCCUAAUAUCUAUUUCAAGUGACUGUAUGAAUUCACCAUCUUUCAGGAUAAGCUUUUAGUUGAAAAUCAGGAGUCCUUGGCUGCUUCCAGGUUAGCUUCCCCUCUUUAAGGAUGCUUUGAACUUUAUUUGUACAAAGUGUACCUGUUUUCCUUAGCUCUCUAAAAAUAUGAAACUGAUACUAACAUGAUAGGGUUGCUAGUUUUCUAGCUCAUAAUACCUUCAAAAGACUUCUCCCUAGUCUAUUUUUAUCUGCUCCUGCAUUAGUUCUCUGAAUUACUUGUCAUAGGAAAACCAACAAAUACUUCCUGUUAUUCCUGUGGCUUCUCAAAAUGACCUUUCCACUCGUUUUGGUGGUUGAUUCAAGGAAAAAUCCAAAGGAGAGCUUGUCACUAGUAUCACAGUCUCGUGUAUUGCUUUCCGUAUGACUGCCUGUGAUGGGUGUGCGUUCAAUACACUUCAGCUGAAGAAGUUCAGGCAAGCUUUCCUCAGCCAGCAGUGUUCAGUUCCAUGGCUAUCAGAACACAGGCGUGCAAAACAUGUUGUGCUACUUGCUUAUUCAGAGCUCUUGUACAUUCUUUUACUAUUUAUAGUGUUUGCUUCAUGGCAGGCUCUCCAGCGGAAGUCCUGAUAUAACCUUAUGACACCCCUGACUUCAGAAGGUUCUCAAGUGCCAUCUUUGAUCUCCAUAUCUUGUGAAAAGACCCAGCAAAACCUAUUUUUUUUUGUGUGAGUGAAAAAUACAAUAAUUUUUUGAAAGGCAUUUAUGCAUAUGUAACUCCAAAUGGUUGAGUUUCUAAAACUUAAAAAAAGAAAAGUGGUUUUGUUCAUGUUUGUUUUCUCCCAUUAUACUUUUGAAACACAGUAUGUAGUGGAGAUAAAAGUACUGUACAUUUAAUUAGGGUGCCAUUACAUUAAACAUGUGAAAAUUG